AUGGAUCAGGAAAUGAAGGACGUCGCCUGCUUGACCAGACAGUGGGACCUGCCGACCGCCCUGUAUCCACUGACUCCGCUAGCUAUACCUCGAUGGACCAAGUUUGCAUUGACAAAAGGCGGUAUCGGUACGGCCAUCGCAACGCGCUCGCACCUCGCUGAGAGUGAAGAUGAGCUCAUGUUCUUGGCCGAUGAACACAUCGUCAUACUUACAGAGCUACCGAGUCAUGUGCGGCCUCUCUCUGUCGCAUCGACGCUCGAUGAAGAAGCGCAAGAGCCUCGCUUAUAUUAUCUUGGCUACUGUCUCGGCGUGAUCGGUAUUGUCGACGCAAGAUCAAUCGAGAUCCAAGGCAAACUCAAGCGGCCGUACUUCACACGCAGAGCACCGAGCACUCCCGUCAUCCUGAAUUCGACAAAUCUGCACGUCACACCUGUCACUGAGCAGUCUGAUCUGUCGCUAUGUCCGAGCGAAGCUGCAUCAAUGCUCGCUUCACCCCAGUGUGCCAGUCCAGAGCAGCCAGCAUUUAGCAAGUCCCCAGAAGCUCUGCUUCCUCCCACACGCUUUCAUGAGCUACACGACAGCGAUGCCACCGCUGUCGUGACAGUCAUUGCCCCAGACGAGCAAUCCUUCGUCGAUCUUAUGCUCGCCGAUACAUCAGACGUCCGGCGCUCCGCGGCGAAAGAAAUCCGCGACGAAUGGUACUUAGACAAACUCGCUGCGGAAGCUGUGGAUCUUCUCAGGCCGUCGACAGGCGACUUUCUGCCAGCCCUUUCGCCGCUCGACGAACUGCUCUCAGUCACACAACGGCAGCAAGUGCAUCAGCCAGCCCAAGGUCUCCGGCGCUGUCAUUCAUUCUCAGAAGUGAAGCAGUCGACCUCUUCGAGUCUUGCGCUGCCACCUCGUCAGCUCAAACGACGAUCUCGGUCUUUCUGUGAGCAGUCAGCACGAUGUGACUCUGCUCGAGCCGUGUCGCCUUCCUCGUCGCGCUGCAUUGAGCCGCCGAUGUUCUCGGCGGAUAUCUCAGUUAUCUCGACAGCCCAGACAUUAUUUCAAAGUCACGAACAGGAUACCAGCUUCGAUUUUGUGCACUCGCCUACCAUAUCAGACGGCGACCCGAGCGAGAUAAACGCUGUCAACUUUCCUUGCGUAGCGCUCGAGUCGAAGCGAUCUUUGCGCAAGUCUGCAAGUUUCAGAUCAUUAUUGACCAAGCGACCAUCCUUUCUCCGAACCGAACCAGCAAGUAAAUCACAUAGAUCAUCGUCGCAUAAGCGCACAGGAUCGGUGGCAUCAAGCUAUGUGGCUAUGAAUACGAGCAAAAUUCAGAAUGUCUCAAAACUCGAGCAAUCGUGGCUCAAGGCCAUUAAGCAAAGUCCGGCAACGACGAAAGCUUCGCGGCCUAUGCGUACAAUGACUCGCAAGGGCCUGCCGAGCUCGAUACGUGGUGUUGUCUGGUCUUAUCUGGCAGAAACCCAUCGAUUCGCUCGACCUGGUCUCUUCGACAAGCUCGACAAGCUCCCGCCGCCUUUGUGCUGGAGUGACAUUGAAAAAGACCUCAACAGGAGCUUGUCAGCCAGGUUCGCAACGACGACGAGCGUAGCAGAGGGGCAUGUCGACCUCGCUCGCGUCCUCAAAGCUUUUGCGCAUCACCUGCCUCAUAUUGGCUACUGUCAAGGAUUGGGUUUGAUUGUCAAUUGCUUCCUGCGCCAGAUGCCGGCAGAAGAUGCUUUCUGGCUUCUUGUCGCUCUUGUGGAGUCCUACCUGCCAGACUACUACUCGACGAGCAUGUCGGGCAUCAAAGUCGAUGCCGCCAUCUUGGGCAAGCUUUUGGCAAAGACGGACCCGAAACUUGCGUGCCAGAUGGCAAAGCAGAAGAUCUUUCUCUCCAUGUUUCUGACACCUUGGCAACUUCCUCUGUUUGUCAGCAUCCUGCCCGAAGAGACACUGGUUCGCGUGCUCGAUAUCUUCUUCUUCGAAGGCAGGGAGACGCUUCUGCGGGUUUCAACUGCGCUUCUCGAGCUCAACAGGCUAGACUUGCUCGACGCAAAGUCGGAAAUGCUCAUGGGACUCCUCCGACCGGCACCAGGAACGCUCAAAUGUGACAUCCUGAUUCCCGCCAUGUUUGCACAGCGAUGGAAGAGCUCCCAGGUUCGUGCACUUCGCAAAUCAGUGACAGCGUGA